UGUAGUGUACGGCGGCAGACGGCAGAUGAGUGUUGGAUAGUUCUGAAGUUAAUUUGCAUGAGGUCUGGAUUCAAUUUACGUGUGUGAACUGGACAGUGGAUACCGUUCAUGAUGGAUAUCCUGCCUACGAGUAAUAUAUUCAGGGAGCUGCAGGUUGUCCAUGAAACGGGGUACUUCUCGGCUCAGCCUUCACUAGAGGACCGUUGGCAACAGAACUGUCUCGAGAUGGAGCGCUACCUGAAAAACGAACCCAAACUGACGUCAUUCAAAAAACUUUCCCCGGACCAGAAACUAGCCAACGCCAGCCUUCGUCAGCACAACAACAUCAGCUGCAUCACCAUCGGCGCCAACCUAGCAGACGACGACCUUGUCCCAGACGGCGCGUGCGGCACCGUCCUCCAGGAGUCAUCACUCGUCCACGGCGCUGACGCCCGAUCUCUAGACGACGAUAACUCCUGCUCCUCCUUCGGCGCCGCCACCGGUGACUCCGAAUACAAUGACUCCGAGUUACCCGACUCCGAAAUCGACCCCGACGAAUUCGGGUACAUCGACGACGAGGAAGACGACUUAGAAGACGACAGCGACGACGACACGCCGAUGGACGAAAAACUGGAAGCGCUGGCAAUGCUAAAUAUACACGACCGGCUGUCCGACAAACUGUCCGACACAGUCAGCAUCAACAGCUUCAGCUCCUCCUCCAGCGGCGUAUCCUGGGACAGCAACAUCAGCGACCCGCCCCUGUCGCCCCUCAAGCCAAAAUCAAACGACCCCCACGCCCUGAAGCUCAUCGCGUCCCCGGGGAGGACGGAGACGGUGGAGCUGAGACCCUACUCCGCAGAUCUAAUCCACAAGAACCAAAGACUCAUCCUCAACUCCGCGCGCAUGCGUGCCGUCCAACAGCAGACCCUGCAGCACCCAGCCCACCCUGGGAUCCACCUACCCCCGGGCCACCCGGCCGCCGCGCACAUGGCCCACUCUAUGGCCAAUCUGUCCCAGAGGCCACCCAUGGUGCCAGCUGGGCUCCACCCCAGGGUCGAGAGUAGUCCGGACAGUCGCAGACGUAUACACAAGUGCCCCUACACGGGUUGUAAAAAGGUGUACACAAAAAGUUCUCAUCUCAAAGCACAUCUACGUACACACACGGGUGAGAAGCCCUACAAGUGCACCUGGGAGGGGUGUGAGUGGCGGUUCGCACGGUCAGACGAGCUGACUCGGCACUUCCGCAAACACACCGGCGCCAAGCCGUUCCAGUGUCGCUUCUGUGUCCGGUGUUUCUCCAGGAGUGACCAUCUGGCCCUGCACAUGAAAAGACAUUCCACCAUGGACCUCUAGAUCCACCAUGGACCUCUAGAUCCACCAUGGACCUCUAGAUCCACCAUGGACCUCUAGAUCCACCAUGGACCUGUAACUCCACCAAGCAACUCAACUUACGUAUAGUGCCAGCAUAGACCUAU